AUGGGUCAAAAUAAAUCACGGCUUAGUAGCUUUAAGAAAAGACGUCUGCCUAGUAAAGCCAAUGAUGAGAAACAUAAUAAAUUUGAUGACCUUGUUAAAACAAACGAACAUAUAUUGAAAAGUUAUAUAAGUACUUACAAUCAUGAACUGGAGGGAGGUGCUGACUUGAACGAAGAAUCUCUCCAAAAAUAUUCGGAUAAAUUUAAUUCUGAGCCAAAGAAUAGAUUGGCUUUGAAUGCUAUUUGCAAUGAUGAUAUGAAUAAAGUUUUAUUGAAUCGAGAUGCCGCCAUUAAAGACAUUCAUGUCUUUUCUGAGAAAAUUCAAUUGGAGGGGAAGGCAACCAAUCAAAAAUCUUCUGGCCGUUGUUGGCUAUUUGCCGCUACCAAUGUGUUACGUUUGCCAGUUAUGAAAAAUUGGAAGACUUCGAAUUAUCUCAGUCUUUCUUGUUCUUUUAUGACAAGCUUGAAAAAGCGAAUUAACAUGAUCGCGCUUGUAGAAGAAGAUGUUGAAUCGCGUUUAAUUCAAUUUUUGUUUGGUGCACCGGUUAGUGAUGGUGGCCAAUGGGAUAUGGUAAUCAAUUUGCUGGAAAAAUACGGUGUGGUUCCAAAAUGUGUAUACCCUGAAAGUUAUAACUCAUCAAAUUCAGGUAGACUCAAUUGGAUUGUUACAACCAAGCUUCGUGAAUUCGCUUAUCAAUUGAGGGAAAUGCACGCUUCUGAAAAAAGCAUUGAGGUAUUACGACAUGCAAAAGCUCAAAUGAUGGAAGAGAUUUAUCGCAUUAUAGCCAUUUCUCUUGGUGAACCUCCAAAGGUGUUUGAUUGGACUUUUAGAGACAAGGAUGGAAAAUAUUAUGAAUUCUUUGGAUUGACUCCGAAACAAUUUUAUGGGGAGAUCGUCAACUAUAAAGCAACAGAAACUUUCUCUCUUGUGAACGAUCCUCGUCAUCCAUACUUCAAUCUUUAUACAGUUGAAUAUCUUGGUAACAUCCAAGGGGGCAUACCGAUCCGUUAUGUAAACAUUCCGAUCGAAACAAUGAAACAGCUAACGAUCCAAGCUUUACGAUCCGGAAAACCAGUUUGGUUCGGUGCUGAUGUUGGAAAGGCUAGCGAUUCUUCAUUAGGAAUUCUGGAUAAUAGACUCAUUGAUUACGAAUUAGGUUUUAAUAUUAAAUUUUGUAUGACAAAAGCACAAAGGUUGGAAUAUGCACAAAGUUUAAUGACACAUGCUAUGGUUUUUACUGGCGUUCAUCUUGAAGAUGACAGGCCUAUUCGUUGGCGGGUUGAAAAUAGUUGGGGAGAUGAACGAGGAGAGAAAGGAUAUUUUGUGAUGGCAGAUGGAUGGUUUGAUGAUUGGGUUUAUCAAAUUGUUUUGGAAAAGAAAGACGCACCUAACGAAUUAGUUGAAGUUUUGAAACAAAAACCACAAAUUUUGCCUGCUUGGGAUCCAAUGGGUUCUCUAGCUAUUUAG